AUGAAAGAGGCUCUGGAGUUGAAAACUUUUUUCACCUCGGCCCAGGUGGUCUGGACCGACAUCAGGGUCACCUUCACAUCUAUCAACCAAUCGUGGUCGCGAGCUCUGCAAGAAGCCCACUCCGGAGGGGAUAUUCACCCAGGCCGGGUAGAAUGGUUAUCUCGCCGAAAGGGCGGUUUUAAGGCGGCCGUCGAGGUUGUUAAGGGCAUGAGGCAGCCGUGUGCUGUGCCCCAUUUUAGAAUGCCAGUCAAUGUAAUGAACAUCUUAGCCACGAUGAACAACGAGGCUUUUAGGUUCAAUAGAGAGGCCACUUACAAAGCCGGGGCAUUCCAUACACAGGUGAAUCUCUACGACAUCGUCGACGUUCUACUGGAAUGUGGCCUUGGCCAGACGGAAUCCAAUCAAUUUAAACAGAACGCUCUGAUGGUGGCCAGCAAGAAGGGCCAUGCGGCCAUAGUGAAUCGUCUCCUGGACGCUGUCGAAUGCUCCGAUCGAUUUGGGUACACGCCUCUUAUGUACGCAGUUGUUGAGGGACACAUUGAUGUCGUGAAACUCUUGUUAGAGAGAGGUUGUGACCCUUUAAGCAGGCGAUGGUCCGCUAAGGACACCGCUUUACACUUCGCAGCUUCUUACGGCCAUGUGGAGAUCACGGCUCUGUUGUUGGAGUACAUCUCCGACCCGGACAUUCCCGACUGCAUAGGCAUCACACCUUUAUAUUUGGCAGCAGAAGAAGGCCACUUGAACGUGGUGGAAAUCCUGGCUCCUAAGUGUGACUUGUACAGCAUGUGUGGGGACAAAGGACGGCCGCUGGAUGCCGCGGUGGAGUACGGCCACCUGGACUGUCUAAAAUACUUCCUGGAGCACGGCGAUACUGUGAUGAUCAAGGACAACAACGGACGGACGCCGCUAAUGAAAGCGGCUUGUAGGGGACAUGUGGACAUGGUGAAGUUUCUACUGGACAGAGCCAGUGAUAUAUCGGCAGAGGAUGACUUGGGAAAAACAGCACUGUCCUACGCCGUACUGUCAAUGAACCCCAAGUGCGUUGAAGUCCUUCUCUCGGCAGGAGCGUCGGUUGGAAUUGUUGACUCGGAUGGAGUAGCGUUGCUCAUGGUUGCCAUCAAAGUGGGCCAGCCCGCAAUCGUUUCCUUGUUCAUUUUAGCCGGAGCUGAUCUGGAGAGAAAAUGGCGGGUAAACCGUGCUCUGGACCCUCUCUAUCCGUUAGAACUGGCCGUGAAGCAGGAAAAUUUUGAAGUUGUGCAGCUGCUUGUGAACGCUGGCUGCACGAUUUCCAUGGAGGAUAUCACCAAUCACUGGAAUAGAAUGGAAUUUGAGAGCGGCGUUGGUUAUCGGCUGCAUCCUUUACCAGGACAGUCGGGAUCGACCAUGUCUUUAACGAACGAUAACGAAGCUGUGCGUUCUUAUCUGAAGAAACAUGCGGCAAAACCGUAUCCACUCAAGUGCCACUGCCGAAAAGCCAUAUGGAAAUCGCUCCCCAAGCCAUAUUGGUGCUCUGUGGGAGACCUCCCAAUUCCGAAUCUUAUCAAGGACUAUUUGUUGAUGGCGGAAAGUAAUUCACCGGCGCUGCAGAAAUAA